AAUCAACCUACUGUAUUCAUCCACCAUGCGGAACGUGAUGAUUCCCAGACUAAUCCACCUCUCAUAACCUAUCCACCAGACGUACGGUUUACCCUCAACAUCAUCCCCAAUCCAAACCCUAUCGCGAUCCCAUACAAUCCUGUGGUUCCUCCUGCUGUAACUGCUGCUCCUGCUCUUCCGAUUGAAUUGCUUGUCCAUUGGAUAUAUGAUGAGGAGAGUGGAAUGAACAAUGUUGGAAUAUUAGAUGAAAGUUCUUUGCCGGGAAUAGUCAACCCUCCAGCACCUGUACCUAUCGAUAGGCCUCCAUUUCUUCUAGAAGCUCCUGAUGAUGUCGUUGCAGAGUAUUUCAAGAUAACAAUGGAUGAAAAGCUGACGAAAGGUGAGCUGAAACUUGCACUGCAAGCUUGGAAAGCGUCUCUUCCACCAUUCUUACGAGUAGGCUUCCAGACGCUCGAUGUUGACAAUGGUGAAAGAGAGUAUCCGAAGUUUGAUAUCGCUGUGGUUAUAUUUGAGAUCAAUAUUGUUUAG